AUGAAUACUCAAAAUUCAUUUGAUACAUAAUUUUAUGAAAGUAACUUACAAGAACCAAAUAGCAUAAAUAACAAUAAGAGAUAAAGAAAUAGUUCAAGAAUCAAAUCCCCAGAAUAAAAAUUAGAUUAGAAUCAUAAACUCAAAUCCUAGUCACUAUAAAUUAAGAAUACUAAUAAGAAGAGGGCUUCUAAAAAAAAACAAGGCAAAGUUGUUUCUCUAGUAAACACAACAAAAAAAUCGUUUUAUCCAACUUAAAAUAAAAAUCAUAAAUAAUAAGUUCAAUCAUUAACGACAACCAGCCGCAAACUUAAUUUUAAGAACUAUGAUAUAUCUUUAAGUGAAACCGUAUUGAAGAAAUAACAUUCUAAGAUAGAGAAUAUACAAGACAAUAUAAAUAAAUUAUAAAUAAAACAAUAAAAUUUAUAAAAGGAUUAGAAUAAAUAAAUCUAUAUAAAAGAGGAGAGUUAUAAAGAAUUAAAAAAUCAUGGUAAUCAAAAGUAAAAUGAUUUAUAUCUGACCUUAAAGAAGACUUAGAACUCUAUCUUUGCAAAAAAUUAUGAAAUUCAGAUUUUAGAAGAAUAAAAAAAAAAAAUAGAGAACCAAGUUAAAUUAGAACAGUUGAAGCAAAAGAUAUAAUUGAAAAAUAAAACACUUGAUCAAAAGAUUAAAUCGCCUAAAAAAGCUAAAAAGAAAGUUACCAAGAAAAAGCAAAAGCACAAAGAACACCAAACUGAUGUACAUAGUCUAGCUAACCAAAGCAAAUAAGAGUUUUUUCAAUAAAAUUCUCUAAAAUCUGCAGAUUUAUAAAGCGAUUCUUCAAAAAAAAGAUCGUCAUCUUCAGCUAGAUAAGAUUAAAAGUAAAUUAAAAGUCCUUAAUAAUUGAAUAAUCAUAGUGAAUUAAUAUUAGACAAUGAAAUUAGUAAAUUGUUCAAGAAAUAUCCUCCUACAACUUAUUUGCAAAAAAUGAUAAAGAAAUUGAUUUUAUUAUUUUAAGAUUCAUAAAGCAUUAGUGCAACUAUAUCUGAUUUUAAUUUCAAAGUACUGAUAUAUCAAGGAAUCCAAAAAGCAGUAAUUAAGAUAUAAAAGGCAUGGAAAUAACACUGUAUAAGAAUGAAGCAAAAAAAUCAAAAAAUUAAUUAGCAAGAGAUGAAGAGAUUAAUCUAGAAACAUUAUAAGUCCUUGUUCAAUGAUUAAACUUAAAAUAAAUCACAUCCUAUUCAAAUAAAUAAAGUAUUAAAAUAAAAAGCGUAAACCUAAAUUGUCCCAAAUAACAAACAGAUUAAGUUGGAAAACUAAAAUAAAAUUAUUGUAAAUAAUAAUAAAAAUUAACUUAAUUCUUAAAUUAUUGAAGAAUAAAAAGUGAUAAAUAAAAUACCUUUAGUUGUAGAAAAUCAAACGGAUUUUUAACUUUGUCUAAGCAACCAAUUUAGUGUUUCACAGAAUGCAUCAAAUUUAGAAAAAGCAAAAAUGGUAGAUGAAAUUUACUAAAUGAAUUGA